UACACACAUUUGGCUCUACACAUCUAAAUAUGGAGAAGCUAAGUCUCUUCCUCUUCUUGAUCUCAAUCCCUCCCAUCCUCGGCUGCCGGAAACAGGCGGCGCCGCCUCUAUUCAUCUUCGGGGACUCCCUAUUCGACCCCGGGAACAACAACUACAUCAACACCUCCACUCUCGACCAAGCCAAUUUCUGGCCCUACGGAAUCUCCUACUUCCGCCACCCCACCGGAAGAUUCUCCGAUGGCCGCCUAAUCCCCGACUUCAUCGCUGAGCAUGCAGAAUUGCCAUUGAUUCCACCAUAUUUAGAGCCAAGAAAUUACCAUGAAUAUUUACAUAAUUACCAUGGGGUAAAUUUUGCAUCAGCUGGAGCUGGGGCUUUAUCAGAAACAUUUCAAGGGCUAGUAAUUGAUCUCAAAACACAGCUAAAAUACUACAAGAGAGAAAUUGCUGAACUAAGCAAGAAAAUAGGCAAAGCUGAAGCAGCAAGAAUAUCAUCAACUGCAGUUUACAUGUUCAGCAUUGGCAGCAAUGAUUAUAUGAGCCCUUUCCUCUUAAACUCCACUAUCCUCUCCUCUUAUCCCCACUCGACAUACGUCGACAUGGUGCUCGGGAAUCUGUCAACCGUUGUGAAAGCAAUACACAAAAAAGGGGGCAGAAAAUUCAUAUUCCUAAAUUUAGGAGAGCUGGGAUGUUUACCGGGCUUGAGAAUUCUCAACCCAGAAACAGAUGGUGGAUGUUUGGAAGAAGCUUCAGAGCUAUCGAAACUGCAUAACGAAAAACUCGAGACUUUGCUGGUGAAAAUGGACCAACAGCUGUACGGUUUCAAGUAUUUCCUCUAUGACUUCAAAACCAGUCUAGCGGAAAAGACAACCCGGCCCCUCAAAUACGGGUUUGAGGAAGGGAGGAUGGCGUGCUGUGGGACGGGGCGUUUGAAUGCGGUGUUCAGCUGUGGGGGGAAGAGGCCAGUGAAGGAAUUUCAAGUGUGUGAGAGUCCAAGCAAGUAUGUGUUUUGGGACUCUUAUCAUCUUACAGAGAGGGUUUACAAACAAAUGGCAGAUGAAAUGUGGAAUGCAAGCACAGAGAGAAACAACAGCCUGAAGGAACUAUUCCUAUGUUUCUAAUGUAUUUCUUCGGUAAUUUAUCAUAGUUUUCGGUUUUUUCUUUACGUUUAGAGCAAUUAAUUCCUGAUUUAUAUUUUAUACUGGUAUUCUGUUGUCAAAAACUCCACCUCUCCUAAUGUCGAACAAUCCAUAAGGGCAAUCAGUUAUGGUUCUAAAAGCUCGUUACAGUCUGUUUAA